UGCAUUCAAUAUCCAUUGUUGCUGUUGUUGCUUUGCAUAAUUGCAAACUGUAGCAAGCCAAGUCCAUGUCGAAGUCGUCGUCCGACUGACUAUAAAAACUCAGCUCCCGCAUAGAGAAGACAACAAAUCAAGUUUGUCUCUUAACAGUGUUGAGUUAAAACCAAGUAACGUAGCUUAAUAUCCUCAUUAUGAAGUGCCUGUGCGUUUUUGUUAUUGUGGCCAUUUGCUUAUUCCACAUUUGCUUAGCUGCCGUUGGUGAGCCGUCGCCGGCUGAGGAUCAACCUCAAUCGCUGUCCUCCGGCGGUGUUAUUGGUGAUGAAAAGAAGACCGAGAAACGUGGAAUUUAUGGAUUCGGCUAUGGUCAUCAUCAUGGAGGUUAUGGCUAUGGCGGCUAUGGUCAUGGAGGCUAUGGCGAUUUCGGUUAUGGAAGUCCCUAUUAUGGCGGUUAUGGCUAUGUGGCCCAUGCCUCACCCUACUAUGGUCACCACGGUUUCUAUCCGUAUCAUCAUCACGGUCAUUAUGGCAUCUAUUAAAAUUAGAUCAGCCACAUCUGUCAAACAUUAACAUAUGUAUAUACAUAUUCAUUGCCACAAUCAUGCAU